GACAAGUUCAGUUGCAGGGAUGAAUACGUCUUUGUGGAAGACUGUUUUGCCUUCACAAUGUUUGGAGACUUAUUUGAAGAGGAUUUUUCCUUUAUUUCAAACAAUCAUUGUGGAAAAGGGAAGAAAGCAAAGCCCAGAGAUUCUGAGCCUCCAUCUCCCAGGGAUUUCACCAACCUAAGUGGUAUCAAAAAUCAGGGUGGGACCUGCUACCUCAAUUCCCUUCUGCAGACUCUGCUUUUCACACCCGAAUUUAGAGAGGCCCUGUUCUCUCUAGGACCUGAAGAACUUGGGACUCUGGAUGAUAGCAGUAAACCAGAUGCAAAGGUUCGAAUAAUUCCAUUACAACUUCAACGGUUAUUUGCUCAGCUUCUGCUCUUGGACCAGCAGGCUGCAUCUACAACAGACCUUACUGAGAGCUUCGGAUGGAACAGCCAUGAGGAAAUGAGGCAGCAUGAUGUGCAAGAAUUAAAUCGGAUUCUGUUCAGUGCUUUGGAAACUUCCCUUGUGGGGACUUCAGGUCAUGACCUUAUUAAUCGAUUGUACCAUGGGAUUGUUGUCAACCAGAUUGUUUGUAAAGAAUGCAAGAAUAUCAGUGAGAGACAGGAAGAUUUCUUAGACCUAACAGUGGCGGUAAAAGGUGUUGCUGGCUUGGAGGAGGCCCUGUGGAACAUGUAUGUAGAAGAAGAGUACUUUGAAAAUGAGAACUUGUAUCGAUGUGGAGCCUGUGAUAAACUUGUUGAAGCUUCGAAGUCUGCUAAACUCCGCAAGUUGCCACCCUUUCUCACCAUUUCUCUCCUGAGAUUUAACUUUGACUUCGAGAAGUGUGAACGAUACAAGGAAACAAGCUGCUAUACGUUCCCUAUCCAGAUAAAUCUGAGGCCUUUUUGUGAGCAGACUGAAAUGGAUGAUUCAGAGUACGUGUAUGAGCUCUUCUCUGUUAUUAUACAUAAAGGUGGCUGCUAUGGAGGACACUAUCAUGUUUAUAUCAAAGAUGUGGAUGAAUUAGGAAACUGGCAAUUAGAAGAAGAAGAGGAUAGACUGAUUGAAGAUAAGGCUUUAAGAAACACUGAAAAUGCCAAUGAAGUAGAAAAUCCGAUGGCAGUGUUGAAAGGGAUUUUAUCAGAGGAAAAAUCUAAACAGAUUCCUGUGGAUCAAUUAGGGCAGAAAUUAUUGGAGAAAAAAGGGGUAUCCUGGAAUAAGAAAUACCGAAAACAAUAUGGAGGAUUACGAAAGUAUUUGCAGAAUCAUCCUCAGAUAUUUCAGUUCAGUCCUGAUGAAAAUAAAGUUGGUCUGAAAGGAAAACACAAGCUCCCAUUUAAGUCAGAUUCUCAAGGACAAGAUCUCCAAAGCCCUCCUCAGAAGAAUGACGUCCAGUGGAAUUCAGAAAAAAAACCUACUGGGCUAAGAGACAGUUCUGCUGGUUGCCAUUGGUUUGAUCUGAAUGAUUCAAAAGUCCAGCCGAUCAAGGAGAAGGAUAUUGAGAAACAAUUUCAGGGUAAAGAGAGUGCCUACAUGCUGUUUUAUCGAAAAUCUCAGUUAAAAAGACCGCCUGAAGCGCGAGGAAAUCCAAGGUACCAAAUUCCUGAACACCUUCUGAAUGAAAUGAAUGCUGCUAAUACUGAGCUGCAAAAAAAGAGAGCGGAAUGUGACUCAGCAAACAAUGGCAUUGAUUUACAUCUCCAUUUGAGCUCAUGUUAUAAAUUUCACAAUGGGGCUUUGCAUCCUUCACUUACUUGGAAAGAGAGUGUUGUGGAUUUGACUAUUGAUAGAAGAAAAACGCUAGGAGACCUUCGACAAUCAGUAUUCCAGAUGUUGGAAUCUUGGGAAGGAGACAUGAUUCUCAGUAUUGCCAAGCCUUUACCAGCAGGACUGCAUCUUUACCAGGUACUUGAUGGAGAUGAACUGACACUGGAUGGCAUUGGGCUGGCUGAUGGAGCAGACAUCUUUGUGUGGAAUGGGAAAGAGGUUGGUGGUACAAAGGUGAUGACAGGCCUUGAUCAUGAACCUGUGGUCGUAAACAUUCUUCGUUUAGCAGAGUAUAACGAAGGAGGGAAGGGUCAGCAUUUCACAGAAUCGCAGCACGUCUUUUCACGCAGCACAAAACUGGGUGAUCUGCGCAGAGCGUUAGCACCGUCAGGAGGAAUCAUUCUGAAGAAUGGCUCAGGACCAGACAAAGAAGCCAAGAACUGGGAAGUUUUUCUUGAAGAAGAUAUGAAGGAAACAGUCAAAAGUGUUGGCCUGAUGGAUGGAUGCUCAGUACUAAUCUUAGACAGCCAUGACCAGAGCUUCGUGAAUGUGUCAAGUGGCAAUUUGACUGCAUUUACAUAUGACAUCAGCUGGCUCCAAGUUAAAAACUUCUGCGGAACGGAUGAUGAAGAGAAACAUGUUAAAAUUACUGCCACUAUUGAAACAGUGAUGUCAGAUAUCAAAAUGAAAGCAAUACGGGAGCUUCAGCUAGAGGAGGAGCUAGCAAAUGACAGCUGUCUUAGACCUGUUAGUGGAAAUGGGAAACUUCUUUCUCCAGUGCCUGAGGAUUAUACUGUCAAGGAAGCGGAACUGAAAAUGGGAAGCUUGCUAGGUCUGUGUCGUGGGAAAGCUCCAACUUCCACUCAGCUCUUCUUAUAUUUUAUUGUCGGGAGUGACCAAAACGCAAGCCCUGAGAUGGAGAUAGUUGUGGAAGAGACUGCGUCUGUCAAAGAGUGUCUAAAUUUAAUGCUGGAAAAAUCUGGAUUAUCAGGUGACAACUGGCAUUUGAGAAGGAUCGACUGGUGCUAUGAAGCAGGGGAAGCAUUAAGUCAGGAAAAUGCCACUCUGAAGGAGCUAAAUGUUUGCAGGGGAGAUACUUUGGUUAUAACUGAAGGAAAGCUUCCACCAAAGGGUUUCCUGAAAAUACCCAUCUGGUGUUUCAAGUCUUCAAGUCAUAUGAAACAUGGAGAGAAUGCCCAAGACCAAAUGAAUGGGAUGGCCUGCAAGAUGGAUGCUUUGCAGGUGUCUCCUGCAGGAGAUUCACCAGAAGGCAUCCACACAGACAUGGAUCUUUGUUAUGCUGGCAGUAUAGAAAUAGCAGGAGAAGCUUCUUUGGAAGAUCUGAAGAUGCAGGCUAUGACCUUACCGUGCUGCCAGGAACAGGUUGUCCCACUGCCCUCCUUUCUCAGAGCAUGGACAGUGGACAGUAGGCGCCCAGGCAAGCUUUUGAGAAACAACAAGCAGCAACUCAAUGACUAUAAGCUGGGUGCCAGAGUGGAAAUCUGCAUCGAACCUUUGCAAAAAGAAGAGCAUUUGGGCCCGCAUGAAUUGCUGCUUCGAGUCCAGAUGGGCAUACCAGGGGAGAGGGACUACUAUGACUCCUCGGAUUUGGUUUGGGAUAUCUCCAAAGAAUGCACAACCUGGGCACUGAGGCAACGAGUGGCUUCUCACUAUUGUCUCCCUGUAGAUAAAAUUGAAAUAGCCAAAUACUUCCCUGAAAAAUUUGAGUGGCUGCCAAUAUCUAGCUGGACACAGCAGAUUUCAAAGAGGAAAAGGAAGAAAAAACAGGAGAGUUUACAGUCAGCACCUUACCACCUGAAAGAUGGAGAUAUCAUUGGGGUGAAGAAUCUUCUCCUUGAUGACACUAAAGACUUCAGCACAGUGAGAGAUGACAUUGGAAAAGAGAAACAAAGGCAGCUUGCAUUAGAAAAAAAGAAAAGUCGGCAAGCCGAACGCUUACAGGACCAUGUUUUCUCUGAGGAGAAGCUAAAUAUUAAGCACCGUAAACCAGAAGUGGCUCUUUCUAUCAGUGUGGGUGUUUUCAGAUAG